AUUACUGAAGGCUAAAGAUGUUACUGUGACCUUGCAGACGUAGUAACUGAUUAAACGCAUGUUUAAAUAUGGAUUUUGUUCCAGAUGACAUAUUGAAAGAGUUUCCUCAAGAAAACGAAAGUCAGCUUUGGGAAUAAUUAAGUAUAGUUCGAUUGAGUUUUUAGGGCACCUCAUAGAUCCCAAAACAAGGGUGAAGUUUGGGAACAGCAUUUCAGCUGAAAAAAUUCCACGGUCUAAAAAAGUGACAUGGACUAAAACUGAGGGAACUUAUGAAAUCACAUUGAAAUCCGAGACUUCAUUCAGGCAAGCUCUACACUCAUAUGAUAUUUUCUCAGGAGCAUUAUUGCUUCUAAGCAAAAGUCUCACACAAACGAUAGGAGUUAUGUUGUAUAUUUGUCUAAAAAACUCGCCGAUAUCGUUCAGAAUUCGCAUAUAGGAGAACUUUCACCUGUUGAAAGUGCAGAACAACUUCAGAAGUUUAAAGAAGCUAGUCACACGGCAUUAAAGAGUAUUCAAAACAUUUUCCGAGAGGCAAUACCUCAGGUCUGUUUAUCAAGAUAAAUCUCCAUUUAAGUAGAUACGCCCUGAAGAAAGUCAUCGCAGGGCAUUGCUUCUUAGCCUGUCAGAUAAGUACGAAAAUAUUUUCAAUAACUUAAUUGAUGCUUGUGAGAAGUAAGCGGUAUAUAAUUUCUUAGUAGCUUUAGUCUAUAUUCAGCUGUGAUAUCUGGGAGAAAAGAUCUUUGCAUGAUAAACGUAGAGGGUCUGCGUAACAAAAAGAAAUUGGAGGACUGUUUGAAGUGUCUCACUGACGCGAGUUUAAGCAAUGACAAACUUCAAUCAUCUAUCAAAAAUCUGAAUUCAGAGAUAAUGCAAGCUAUUUCAUCUACAAAGGCAAAUGAAGAAGAAGUGUUCAAUGUUCAUAACUUAUAUAAACUUCAGCUUCAAAGAACUGAGAGUGAUCAAAGAGUACUUGCAGAAGAAAGUUGUCAUUGCUUUAAUAUGGCUCUUAACUUAAUAAAGUUGUUUUGUGAUAGAAACAUGGUGACUAUUAUAGAUCAUCUCCAAAUGUCCAAAGAUAAGUGGUUAACUAUGUAUGAUCGAUCAUUUCUGUUGAUGAGAAAAUUAAUAACACAAUUAUUUGAAACAUUGGCAGCGUGUUCAGAAGGGAUUAUGCGCUUUUCUGAAUGUCUGGAAUACUUAUUUAUGUCAUCUAAGUAUCAUUUGGAUGACUUGUUGAAAAAAACUGAAAAAUUAGAAAUUUAUCUACAUCCAACGUUUGAGGAUAACGUAAAAAAUAGAAGUCCAGAAUAUACAACGCGUGCUACCAUUCUACUGACUGAUAUUCUAGAAACAGCACAAAAAUUGUUAAACAACAUAGAUAAAUUGUGGACAAUGAAAAAAUGUGAAUUAAUUAAUCAAAUUGGUUUGAAUACAUGCCAAUAUGAUAGAACUGAUAUAAAUGAAAUAAAAGAUAAUGAUGAAACUAUUAAACAUAAUGAUGAAAAUUUUAAACAAAAUCAAACAAUAAAUAAUAAAAUAUUUAAACAUGGAACUUUUAUUUCAACUUUAAGAUUAAAUUGUAGUUCACAAAAUAUUGCACAACCAAAAUUUUAUAAACAACUUUUUAAAAUAUUAAAAUCUGAAUUAAAUUUAUCUGAUUUAAAAUUACUACUUAAAUCAGCAACAGAUGAAUUUCAUGAAUUAUUUGUAUUUAUAAAAGAAAAUUUAAAUGAUCAACAAUCAUCAGGAUUAUUUAAUUGGUUGAAUUUAACAAAUAAUAUCAAUGAUUUAGAAGAUGUACUUUGUAGAUUAUCAAGUAUACUGACAAUUCAAGAACGUAAUUUAAUCAAACUAAUCGAUUUAAAUGACUUAGGCAUAUCAACUUUUGUUCAUAUGAUUGAAAAACUUAAAGAUAAUUUAAACAAUGGACAAGAGGAAGAAGGACCACUUUUCGACUUAAACGAAUUACGAGAGAGAUUCAAAAAAUGGAAAGAUUUGAUGAAACUAGAUGACUGCGAUCCUUUUCAAUUGAAUUCUGUUGUGUAUAAAUUAUCUCUAGAUGGAGAAGAAGACAGCGAUAAAAAUGAUAAAUUUAAUCAAACAAAAAUAACUAUUCAAUUAAAUGAUCAAUCUACAUUAAAGUUAAUUAUAAAUAUGCAACAAAUUUUAAAUCAAAGAUUAUAUGAAUUAAAUUCAAAUUUAGUCAAUAAUGUUAAUAAAAUUGAUAUGAAACGAUCAAUAGUAUGUCAAUUAACUACCGAAUGGGUAUCUAGUUUAGUUAUAUGGGUUUGUUUAAGAAAUUGUGAUUCUGCACAACAGGCAUUAUUUGAAAAAAUUUAUAAUUAUAAAUUGAAUAAUUCAAAUAAUCUAGAAACUAAUUCAUCAAAACAAAUAUGUUUACAUCAAAUGGAUAGAAUUGAAGCAAUUGAACAUAAUACAAUGGGAAUGAAUAAUGAAGAUACUGUUAUAAAUACUGGUUUUAAUGAGAAUGAUGAUAUUAUAUCCAAUGAGAAUAAAUAUUAUAAUGAAACUGGUAUUGAUAAUGAUGAUGAUGCUGAAUGGAUUACUUCAUGUUUCAAAGAAUCUUAUCAAGAUUUGCAAAAUCAUUUAAAUGAUUUCAAAACAAAAUCUAAAUUAGAAGAUGUUAUUCGUCAAUUAAUCAUUGAACUUGAUGAUAUUUCUACGAAUUUGAAUAUAAAUACUUGUCUAACUAAAUAUUUCAAGAAUCAAAUAGAUUUCGAAAUAUGGGAACAACAAAGAAACGAACUAAAUUUGGCCAAACAGGAAUUCAUUCAAGCUUGGAAUAAUUUACUCAAUGAAAUAUAUCAAAACCAUUCUGAUGAACACUUAGAAAAUGCAAAGACAGACUUUUCGAAAGGCCACAAUAAGGAGGAUCAUGAAGUUUCAAAAUCCAAUGUCAAUAACAAUCUGAACUAUUUACACGAAUCCAGUAAGGAUGGAUUCUUCUGUACUGAUUCAAUUGAUUAUAUCAACAGACAAAUGGAAGCAGCAUCAGAACGUCAGAAGGUUUCUUUCAUAAAACGUAAAAAUCUUGAAGAUGCGAUACAACAAAAACAAGAACUAAAGAAUAAACUCGAGAAAGAAAUAGAAGAUAUCGAUCAAAAGUUGGUUGAACUUCGUAAAACAUUAGGUGAUGCAUUUGAAAGUAUGCAAUUAGAAGUUCAACACGGAAAAUCUUAAAAAACUACAAUACAAAAUAUUUCUUAUAUAUAUAUUUAAUUAGUAGAUUAAUUUGUUGUUUUCAUGUUUUGUAAUUGUUACGUUCGAUAAAUACACUCAUUAAAAAAAACAAAGUGGCAAACCUAUUCUAGUGUAAAGUUGAACAUUUUAUGUUUGACUAAUUAGUAAUUGACACAUUUUUGGUUGGAACGUAAAUCGACUCAAUUUCAUUCAUCCGUGAGAAACUUGCAGCCUUAUAGUAUUUAUAAAAAACGUCGAAGCCUGUUUAGUACGGCUUGUAUGAUGAGAACGGCAACCGUUAAGUGACUGUGAAAAGAAAAAUGAAAGGAUGAAUAAAUUGAGUAGAAAUAUUUUGAGCUAUUGUAGUGAACGAUGCUCACAGGGAUGUUGGUAAGUGGUGUGCGGCGGGACGUGGUGUUGAAGUUGCGACAAAUGUCGAACAAAGUGAUGUUUCAGUGCAUCAAAAGCACGGCGUUGACAGAACACUUGGAGUCCAGACGAGAAGAUAGUUCGGAUUUCAGAACACAUCUGAAGAUACAAAUGAAUGACUAAAGGCUGUGUAUAUGUAUUAUGUCAACACAGUAAUUUCUCUCAACAAUAUAUGCAUUCCUCCUGACUAUUCUCGUGUUUUACUCUAUUAGUCGACGAAAUGAGAGUUUUCGCACAGUUUAGAUUUAGAUAGAUGCUGCAUGUGGAUUGUCUACGUAAGUGUUGAACUAAAAGACGUAAAUCAAUCAACUAUUUUUCCGUUGUAAUAUCAGAUUAAUAACAAACGUGCAUUGAAGAUUGUCUUCUCUCCUCACUUGUUGGAUAGAUGUUAUCUUGUGUUGUUACUGCGAUCAUGUGUAACAGUAAAGUACCCAAAACAAAGUAAACCAUAAAUAUUUGUUGUUCGGUGUAAUUUAUUCACUAUUACCGUACUUAUUCUUUUGGUCAUACAUAACACAGGUAAAACUGGAUUCGACAGUACAUAUGUUGAUUAAGUAUUUCAAAAUGUAAGUGGAUAGUUUCCCAACCCACGUUUUAACUGACAAGUAAAUAAGUACUGUAAGUAUUCGCAUAAAACAUUUGCAAAUAGGAAUAGUCAACACAGAGAUCACAAAGUAUACGAAUAACAUAAUAAAAUAGGUCAAAUCAGUUUUGAAAUAAUCAUUAAAAAGUGAAAAAUUUGAUUUUAUA